AUGGCCGACGCGCCCAGAGCUCCGCAUCGCACCACCGGCUCCACCUUGCUGCACCCGCUGAGCGGGCUGCUGGGCAUCCCGCUGGACCAGAUCAAUUUUGUAGCCUGUCAACUGUUUGCUCUUUUGGCUGCAUUUUGGUUUCGUAUUUACUUGGGUCCCAGUCAUGCCAGCUCUGCUGUUCGCCAUGCAUUUGCCACCCUCUUUGGAAUAUACUUUGCUGUCUUCUGCUUUGGGUGGUAUUCCGUUCAUCUUUUUGUAUUGGUGGUGAUGAACUAUGGCAUUAUGAAUAUGGCGAGUAUUCCCAACAUCCACAGGUACUCCUUUUUCGUAGCUAUGGGAUACCUCAUGUUGUGCCACAUAAGCCGAAUAUACAUAUUUCAUUAUGGUAUUCUCACUACAGAUUUUUCCGGAGGAUUAUGCUGUCCGCUGAUGAUAAUUACACAGAAGAUCACAACACUUGCUUGCCAGUUACAUGAUGGAAUAGGGCGGCAAGCUGAGGAACUCUCUGCUGAGCAAAAUCGCCUUGCUGUAAAGACAAGACCUUCUUUACUGGAGUAUUUAAGCUAUCUCCUCAAUUUUAUGAGCAUAAUAGCUGGGCCUUGCAGCAAUUACAAGGAUUAUAUAGCCUUCAUUGAAGGGAGACAUGUGCAUAUGAAACUGUUAGAAGUGAACUGGAAGCAGAAGGGUUAUGACAGACUUCCUGAUCCUUCCCCAACUGGAGCAGUGAUGUACAAGCUGUGUAUCACGCUAGUAUCUCUCAUUUUAUUCUUGACACUUACCAAGAACUUUCCUAUGGCAUAUAUUAUUGAUAAUGAAUUUCUUGAUAAAACACCUUUCUUGUCAAGACUCGGUUACCUAUAUGUUGUAACACAGGCAGCAAAACCGAAGUAUUACUUUGCAUGGACAUUAGCAGAUGCAGUCAACAAUGCCGCUGGUUAUGGAUUCAGUGGAGUUGAUGAGAGGGGUACUUUCCGCUGGGACCUGUUGUCAAAUUUAAAUAUCUGGAAUAUUGAGACUGCAACAAGUUUUAAAAUGUACAUUGAAAACUGGAAUAUUCAGACAGCUGCCUGGCUAAAAUGUGUUUGCUAUGACAGAGCUCCCUGGUACCCAACAGCUUUAACAUUUGUCCUGUCAGCCUUGUGGCAUGGUAUCUAUCCUGGAUAUUAUUUUACAUUUCUCACUGGAAUCCUUAUCACACUUGCAGCCAGAGCAAUAAGGAACAAUUGCAGACAUUACUUCCUCUCAUCAGUGCCUCUCAAGAUAGCCUACGACACUGUUACUUGGGUUGUCACUCAACUGGCUGUGUGCUAUACUGUUGCACCGUUUGUUAUGCUGGCUGUUGAGCCCACCAUUAAGUUUUACAAGUCUAUGUAUUUUCACAUGCACAUUCUAAGCAUCCUGGUGUUGCUUGUGCUACCAGUCAGACCUCAAGCCCACUCCAUAAGAAAGCAUCAGAAUCAGGCCAUGCAGAACUCUGUUGAAAGCAAAGACAAAUGAUACCUCCAUAAAAAAAUGGCAAACUUUGAGAAAUUGAAUUACCAUGUUGGAAACAACGAAGAAGAAAAAGGAGUGGGAUGAG